UACAAAAACCUCUGUUGUUGCUCUCUUUCGGUGCUUCAAAACGAGAGUCCCAGUUUUACAAAUUUUCUAAAGAAACUUUAUUCGGAGACUUCAUCGAUCCUGUCCACGGCGGCAAUGGAUAUUUUAUCGGCGUUUCUUUUCCCAUCGCCGCCAUCACUGUUCGUUAACGUGAUGACAGUGGUGAGUUCGGCGGUGGUAGCGGUGAUAGGGCUUUCGGAAGCGAGAGGAACGCAUUUGCAGUAUUCAAAGUUCUGGAAUACGAAUAAUAGUGCUACGAAAUCAUCUAACUCAGAGCAACUCAGGAUUUCUUCAAGAUUGGGGAUGCUCCUGCUCUAUACACCGGCAGCUCUCGCCGGCGCUGCGUCGUUCUGGUUCUUUCCGGAUGAUGAUUGGAGGAUUGUUCUGCUUAAGUCCGCUCUCACUCUACAUUUCUUUAAGCGGGACUUUGAGGUAUUGUUUGUUCACAAGUACAGUGGCUACAUGAUACUUGAUUCAGCAGUUAUAAUCUCCCUCAGCUACUUCUCUUCUACAGCACUCAUGAUAUACACUCAACAGCUUUCAAAAGCACUUGUAGAGCCAUCCAUUGAUCUGAAAAACAUUGGAAUUGCUGUGUUUGUGAUAGGCAUUAUUGGGAACAUGUACCACCAUUAUAUUUUGUCUCAAACUAGAAAAAAGGGAGAAACAGGCUACAAAAUUCCCAAAGGAGGCCUCUUUAGCAUUGUCAUUUGCCCUCACUAUUUGUUUGAAAUAACUGUAUAUUUCGGGUUCGCUCUCAUUUCUCAGACACUCUACUCAUUGUGCUUUGCCAUUGCCACUGCUAUCUAUUUGGGUGGAAGAAGCUACGCCACUAGGAAAUGGUAUGUCUCUAAAUUUGAGGACUUCCCUCAGCAUAUCAAAGCCCUUAUUCCUUUCGUAUUCUAGUCUUUGGUUAAAUAUUCAACUUUGUUCUCAUUUGAAAAAUACCCCCUUAUACUUUUUAAAAGUUAUGCAAUAUUAUUCUUGACAUUUCAUAGAACGGAAAAUUGGAUCAAUACACUUUUUAAAGUCUCAAGGUAAUAUUGCAACUUUGGAAAGCGUACAUGGUACUUUCAAAAUUAAACAAAGAACAAAGUUGAAGGUAUUUUCUAUAAUUUAUUUUGUUAUUGUUCUUCAUGUUGUAUCAUUUGUAUUCGUCCAACGUCUCUGUAUCAUUUAUAUUCGUCCAAUAUCUCUUUGUAGCAUCAUGUAUAAUGUUAAAAUUUGUGUUUUGUGGUCGGCUUUAUGAGAAAGAUAAACCAUGGAAGUUGUUGCAUUGUAGCGUCUACGUUGAAUAAUUUUCCAUACAUUUGGAAUCCUCCUAUUAUUUUAGGAGGAGCUUUGGGUCAUUUCACUUUAUGUAAUCACUGUACUGUAUCAAAUUGUGUCUUUGGCCAUAA